AUGCAGGAAAAGAGCAGUGCAGGGGAAGAGCGAUACAGGAAACGAGCAGUGCAGGGAAAGAGGAGUGCAGGGAAGGAGCGAUACACGAAAAGAGCAGUACAGGGAACGAAUGUUACACGAAAAGAGCAGUGCAGGGAAAGAGCAGUGGAGAGAGAGCGAUACACGAACAGUGCAGUGCAGGGAAAGAGCUAUACAGGAAACGAGCUGUGCAGGGAAAGAGGAGUGCAGGGAAAGACGAUUGCAGGGAAUGAACAGUACAGGGAAAGAGAGGUGCAGAGAAAGAGCGAUACACGAAAAGAGCUGUGCAGGGAAAGAGCGAUAGAGGAUAAGAUGAGUGCAGGGAAAGAGGAGGGCAGGGAAAGAGCCAUACACGAAAAGAGCAGUGCAGGGAAAGUGCAGUGCAGCCAAAGAGCGAUACACAAAAAGAGCAGUGCAGGGAAAGAGGGGUGCAGGGAAAGAGCAGUGAAGGGAAAGAGGAGUGCAGGGAAAGAGCGAUACACGGAAAGAGCAGUGCAGGGAAAGAGCGAUACAGGAAAAGAGCAGUGCAGGGAAAGAGGAGUGCAGGGAAAGAGCGAUACACAAAAAGAGCAGUGCAGGGAGAUAGCGAUACACGAAAAGAUCAGUGCAGGGAAAGAGCUAUACAGGAAAAAAGCAGUGCAGGGAAAGAGGAGUGCAGGGAAAGAGCGAUACAUGAAAAGAGCAGUGCAGGGAAAGAGGAGUGCAGGGAAAGAGUGA